AUCGCCUUCUUGUGUUGUUUGGCAGUCGGGAAACCGGAAGAAAGAGGAAGAACGGAAAGGAAAAUCCGAAAGCCGGUAAGCGAAGAUGUCGUUCAUGAAGGGAGAUCUGCUCACGAAAACCAGAAAGCUCGUGAAGGGCUUGGCCAUCCCGGAGCCUCGUUGGCUCAAAGCCAUGGAACACGCACCGCCUCCGAUUUUCCCUCGCAGCGACGGAAAAGUAAAGACGAUCACUCUCCCAGAGGAUGUUUAUGUCAAAAAGUUCAACCAUAGCCAUCCUGAUGCCAGAUACGAAGAAGCCUACAGGUUUCGCAGUUUUGAUCCUCCGCCAGGCCGGGUAUUUGGUCAGCGGGUGCUGGAGUUGAAGGAGCAAGGAGUUGGCGAGGAUGAUGCAAUUGCGGUAGCAGAUAUGGAAUACCAGGCAGAGAAGAAGGCGAAGAAGAAGGCAUAUUCUCGGCUGAAGAGAAUUUCGCGUAUUCUAGGGAAGAAGCCUCCUCCUAACCCGUACCCUAGUGCUAUCAAAGAGAUACAAGCUGAGGAGAGAAAGUAUGUCCAUGAGAGAUUCUUCAACCCCCGGAGUAGAGACAUAAUAAGGCAGAUGAAAGAGGAGAGAUUCAGAGCUCUUGGCUGGUAGGCCUGUUUUGAUAGUCAACAAGUUUUGGUUAGACUGAAGUUCUAAUAAUUUUAUGCUCUUAAGGUUAUUUGCCUUUUGAGGUUUAAUUCAAAACAUACUGCAAGUUUUUUGCGCAAAAAGAAACUACUUUUUUUUUUUUUUUUUUUUGGUCACAAUGCACCUUUAUAGAAUGCUAUGUGUUAUGUUAACGAUUGGUUCUGCAAGUAGAUCUUUUGAGGUUUAAGUUAUGAUAAUUUGAUGGUUCGGGACUCUUGUUAUAUUUGUCGAUUGGCUUCAGAGAUUAGUCAAAUUUCAUUGCAAGCUUU